AUGGAUGCUGCUAGCGCCACCCUUGAGAAGCCACACUUCCCGACGGAAGAGGAGAAGAUCAUCAAGUACUGGCGGGACAUCGAUGCCUUCCGAGAGUCCUUGAGACAGUCGCAGGGCAAGCCCGCGUACAACUUCUACGAUGGCCCGCCCUUCGCGACGGGCCUGCCCCACUACGGCCACAUCCUGGCCGGCACCAUCAAGGAUGUCGUCACAAGAUACGCCCAUCAGCGGGGCUACCACGUUGAGCGACGGUUUGGCUGGGAUUGCCACGGGCUUCCGGUCGAGUAUGAGAUCGACAAGAAGCUGAAUGUCAAGGGCCACCAGGACGUGAUCAAGAUGGGUAUCGACAAGUACAACGAG